CGCCCGCAGCGAGCGGCUGCCGCGGGGCCUCCGCGGAGCCCCCGCGCCGCUCCCGCCGGCGAGCAAGAUGAUGUGCGAGGUGAUGCCAACCAUCAGUGAAGCAGAAGGCCCCCCAGGAGGAAGUGGGAGCCAUGGGUCAGGCUCCCCAUCACAGCCAGAUGCAGACUCCCAUUUUGAACAACUCAUGGUGUCCAUGCUAGAGGAAAGGGAUCGUCUCCUGGACACGCUGAGAGAGACUCAAGAAACACUGGCAUUAACCCAGGGGAAAUUACAUGAGGUGGGACACGAAAGAGACUCUUUGCAGAGACAGCUCAACACUGCGCUUCCACAGGAGUUUGCAGCACUCACGAAAGAACUGAAUGUGUGCAGGGAGCAGCUCCUCGAGAGGGAAGAGGAAAUUGCAGAGCUGAAAGCAGAAAGGAACAACACCAGGCUGCUGCUGGAGCAUUUGGAGUGCCUUGUGUCCAGGCACGAGCGUUCUCUUAGGAUGACAGUGGUAAAGAGACAGGCACAGUCUCCCGCCGGUGUGUCUAGUGAGGUGGAGGUGCUCAAAGCUCUGAAGUCCCUGUUUGAGCACCACAAAGCCCUGGAUGAGAAGGUGCGAGAGCGGCUCCGAGUAGCCCUGGAGAGGUGCAGCUUGUUAGAAGAAGAACUGGGUGCUACACACAAAGAGCUAAUGAUUCUUAAAGAACAGAAUAAUCAGAAAAAAACAGUAACAGAUGGGGUGCUUGACAUCAACCAUGAGCAGGAAAACACACCAAGCACGAAUGGAAAGAGAUCUUCAGAUGGCUCCCUCAGCCACGAGGAAGACCUUGCUAAGGUAAUGGAGCUCCAGGAAGUCAUAGACAAACAGUCAAGAGAGCAGACCCAGAUGAAGGAGCGUCUGGCUGCCCUCUCCAGUCAUGUAGCAGAGCUGGAAGAAGAUCUGGACACAGCCAGAAAGGAUCUCAUCAAGUCUGAAGAAAUGAACACAAAGUUGCAACGAGAUGUCCGAGAAGCGAUGGCCCAGAAGGAAGACAUGGAGGAGAGGAUCACCACCCUUGAGAAGCGUUACCUUGCUGCACAGCGAGAGGCCACUUCAGUACAUGACCUCAAUGACAAACUGGAAAACGAGAUUGCAAAUAAGGAUUCUAUGCACCGGCAGACGGAAGACAAAAACCGUCAGUUACAGGAACGCCUGGAACUGGCAGAGCAGAAGCUGCAGCAGACCCUGCGGAAAGCUGAGACCUUGCCGGAGGUGGAGGCUGAGCUGGCCCAGAGGGUGGCUGCGCUCUCCAAGUCUGACCCUUUGUCUUCUGGGAGCUCUGCCGCUAAGGAAGCUAAACUGUUGGAACUUACUUCCAAGCUUAGGAAGGCUGAGGAGAGACACGGCAACAUUGAGGAGAGGCUACGGCAGAUGGAGGCACAGCUGGAGGAGAAGAAUCAAGAACUGCAGCGGGCCAGACAAAGAGAAAAGAUGAAUGAGGAGCAUAACAAGCGUUUAUCAGACACUGUGGACAAGCUUCUUUCAGAGUCCAAUGAGAGGCUUCAGCUUCACCUGAAGGAGAGAAUGGCUGCUCUGGAAGACAAGAAUUCUUUAUUACGAGAAGUUGAAAAUGCAAAGAAGCAAUUGGAAGAAACACAGCAUGAUAAGGACCAGCUAGUCCUCAACAUUGAAGCGCUGAGGGCCGAACUAGACCAGAUGAGACUGAGAGGCGCCUCACUUCACCAUGGCAGACCCCACCUGGGCAGUGUCCCGGAUUUCCGGUUCCCCGUGGCGGAUGGGCACACGGACGCCUUCAGCACCAGUGCCGUGCUACGGCGCCCCCAGAAAGGCCGGCUGGCGGCUCUGCGGGACGAGCCCUCCAAGGUGCAAACUCUCAAUGAGCAAGAUUGGGAACGAGCCCAGCAGGCCAGCGUCUUGGCAAAUGUGGCCCAGGCGUUCGAGAGUGAUGUGGAUGUGUCUGACGGUGAAGAUGACAGGGACCCUCUGCUGAGCUCGGUGGACUUGCUGUCGCCCAGUGGGCAGGCUGAUGCACAGACACUGGCCAUGAUGCUUCAGGAGCAGCUGGAUGCCAUCAAUAAGGAGAUCAGGUUGAUCCAAGAAGAGAAGGAGAGCACAGAGCAAAGGGCAGAGGAGAUUGAGAGUCGAGUCGGCAGUGGGAGUUUAGACAACCUUGGUCGUUUUAGGUCGAUGAGCUCCAUUCCCCCCUACCCUGCUUCCUCACUUGCCAGCUCCUCCCCUCCAGGAAGCGGCCGCUCCACCCCAAGAAGGGUGCCUCAUAGCCCCGCUCGGGAGGUGGACAGACUGGGCGUCAUGACUCUGUUGCCAGCUUCCAGAGAAGAGGUACGCGAUGACAAGACAACCAUAAAAUGUGAAACUUCUCCCCCCUCCUCCCCGAGGUCCCUGCGCUUAGACAGGCUGCACAAAGGCGCACUCCAUACGGUCAGCCACGAAGACAUCAGGGACCUGCGAAACUCGACAGGCUCCCAGGAUGGCCCCGUGAGCAAUCCCAGCAGUAGUAACAGCAGCCAGGACUCACUCCAUAAAGCCCCGAAGAAGAAGGGCAUCAAGUCCUCUAUUGGCCGCUUGUUUGGCAAGAAGGAAAAGGGCCGGCCUGGACAAAUGGGCAAAGACUCACCAGGACAAGCUGCUCUCUCUGAGACAGAAAACUCAUCUCAAGAUGCCUUAGGGCUCAGCAAAUUGGGAGGCCAGGCUGAGAAAAACCGUAAACUUCAGAAAAAGCACGAGUUGCUGGAGGAAGCCCGAAGGCAAGGCUUGCCUUUUGCUCAGUGGGACGGGCCCACAGUGGUCGUAUGGCUAGAGCUCUGGGUUGGGAUGCCCGCCUGGUAUGUGGCAGCCUGCCGAGCAAAUGUUAAAAGUGGAGCCAUCAUGUCAGCUCUGUCUGACACGGAGAUCCAGCGGGAGAUUGGCAUCAGCAACCCCCUGCACAGGCUGAAGCUCCGCCUGGCCAUCCAGGAGAUCAUGUCGCUGACCAGCCCGUCUGCCCCACCCACAUCCAGGACGACCACAGGAAAUGUCUGGUUAACUCACGAAGAGAUGGAAACGCUCGCAGCCACACCACAAACGACGCUGGCCUAUGGGGACAUGAACCACGAGUGGAUCGGUAACGAGUGGCUGCCCAGCCUUGGGCUCCCCCAGUACCGCAGCUACUUCAUGGAGUGCCUGGUAGACGCCAGGAUGCUGGACCACCUGACCAAGAAAGACCUGCGGGGGCAGCUGAAGAUGGUGGACAGCUUCCACAGAAACAGUUUCCAGUGUGGAAUUAUGUGCCUGAGAAGGUUAAAUUAUGACCGUAAGGAACUGGAAAGAAAAAGAGAAGAGAGUCAGAAUGAAGUAAAAGAUGUGCUUGUCUGGAGCAAUGACCGAGUGGUGCGGUGGAUCCUGUCCAUUGGUCUCAAAGAGUAUGCAAAUAACCUGGUGGAGAGCGGUGUCCACGGUGCCCUGCUGGCCUUGGAUGAGACCUUCGACUUCAGCACACUGGCCCUGUUGCUGCAGAUUCCCACACAGAACACACAGGCUCGAGCGGUCCUGGAAAGAGAGUUUAACAACCUUUUAGUCAUGGGAACUGACAGGAGGUUUGAUGAGGACGACGAUAAGAGCUUCAGGAGGGCGCCUUCCUGGAGGAAAAAGUUCCGACCCAAGGAUAUCCGGGGCCUGGCCGCGGGGUCUGCAGAGACGCUGCCUGCAAACUUCCGGGUGACUUCUUCCAUGUCUUCCCCCUCUAUGCAGCCAAAGAAGAUGCAGAUGGACGGCAGUGUGUCAGCGACACAGAGAUUGGAUUCUGCUACAGUCAGGACUUACUCCUGCUAGAGCUCCUGCCCUGUCGUUUACCCACACUACUUCUACAGGUGACUCUGCAGCAGGACCGCGUUUAACCCAGUGGAGUCUUGUUAUAUGGACCUGAAGAUAUUUUAUUACAGAGUUUUUAAAUUAGUGAAAAAUUCAUGAAUAUCAUAGAGAAAAUAUUUUAGAAUUUAAUGUUUCUUAUAUUUAUGUAAACUUAUGCUCUUCAUUUAUAUAGUUACUUACUUUUUCAUGUAUAUCCAGGCUAUAAAUAUCCUUUUGAAUAAAUUCAUGUUCCUAUAUCUGAUUUUAGUUUUUGGAACGAAUGUACUGUAAUGCUUGUAUGUAUAAAUCCUGUGAACAAAUAGAGGGUUUUUGUAAAUGAUGCAUUCGUUGUGAUUACCACUGUCUGUAAUUUCUUCGUGAUAAACCGUGACGGAGGAAAGAAUUUGGCGGCGUUCAUCGAAUCCUCGGGACCCUGGUGGUGCGUGUUCCCUUUACCCAGCUCUGCAACCACCAUUUCCAAACGAGCAGGCCUCAUUGCAGACAGCGUGGCAGACUUCAAAUGGCUGGCCUGACUGUACUGUUUAUACCAGGCUCUCGGCUUCUCCUGGGACCGUGUUAGUGUCAGAAUGCCAGAGGAAUGCUGGCCUUCCCUCAGCCCUGGAGCAGUGUCACAACUCUAGCUCAUCCCCAAGCCCUGCUUCCCCCUCUCCAGCCCCACCUCUGGACCUGGGUCAUUGGUUCAGAUUAGAGCCCCAGCUGGGGAGUCGCACUCUGGGGAGGGGGAGUGAAGGGUGAAAAGCCUCUCCUUGAGGACCAAUCACGGAGCACUGCACUGUGAUCUCACGGACUUGAGCGCAGAGCAGGGCAGCGAGGCCUGGCCCAACAGCCCGCCCUGCAGCUCUAAUAAAGGCCUUAUUUUUCUUAAUGUAAAUCAUCUUUUUACAUUUGUUUCUAACAUGUUUCAAGAAUGAACCUAGUCAUACAUUUUUAGAUUUUGAUGGUAUAGCCAUUUUGGAUUGUACAAGUAGCAAAUGUAACCUUUACUUUUUAAAUGGCAAAUUAAAAAAGCCAGCAGGAAACGAGUCAGAUCGAGGUGCGUUAUUUAUUAUGCAACUGAUACACAGAGGCAGCAUGCCUUUUUACAUCUGUUCUGCUUUUAAUUCACUUGUAUAAUUCAUUGUUACCAUUCUGUUUUUCUAUUAAUCUUUUGUGAACUUCUCAACUAUGUAACAAAGUAAUGUACAGUCUACUUUUGAACUAUUUUUAUCACAGUAUUAUUUAUUGCUUUCUUUCAAUAAAGUGCUGGAGCAUUUUCCACUGCCA